AAAAUCCCCUGCCGCGGCUUGAUAUUAACAUUCGCUCCCCGCCACUUGCAGCAAUUCAUAUACCGUAGGCCUGUUGUUGAAUACCAGGAAUAUUUACUAAAAACAUUUCCAUUAGUCAUUUGUGCUAAAAGAAGCAUCGGGUCAUUUUCAUAUUGCAGGAACCCGGUCGAUUUAUAUACCCUACACAUCAAUACCCGAUCUCCCUAUACAUCAUCAUAAAUCAAGUGGAGGAAUUAAAAUAUAUUUAAACACCAAUGUUCUCUCGAAUCCACUCUCUCCUCUUCCCCAAGGCAGUCACCAACACUGGAUCUCAGCUGCGCGAUCACCUCGCAAACGAGCGAACAUUUCUAUCAUGGACUCGCAUGGGACUAGCCUUCGCCGCCAUGGGGCUCGCCCUCGGACGCUUGAGCAUGAUCGACCACGUAUUCAACACACAAUGGAACAAUCAGCGGAUAGAAUCCUCGAAUGAGACCGCCAAACUGACCAAGCCGACUCAACGACAAGAUACCGAACGGGAAUUCAAAAGCCCGGGCCGGAACGACAUCCUAGCUAGUCAAUUCUGUUGGACGAUCAGCGUUUGGUCUUUCGGAUAUGGAAUCUGUCGCUAUGUUUCCGUUCGACGGACUCUGCUUCUGGGGCGCUUUGUCCCGGCUAUCUGGGGACCUGUCUUGAUGACAUGCGGGUCGCUGGGAUCUCUUGGUGUUUUGUUGCAAUCGGAUUUAGGGCCUAAAUCAGAAAAUGAAUAAUGAUCGACCCCUUGUGUUCGUUGACGUACUUGAGUGUUGUGAUCUCAGGGGAAAGAUGGGCAGAAAGAUGCUGUAUCAGCUACACGUACGUAGCCUACUGAGGACCGGAUGCCAUUCCGAUAGAUCUCAAUUCUAUGGACGACUAUAUCAACUAUCUUGACUGCU